AUGGGGUUGGCUUGGGUUCCGAAGUUGGAGCUUGCUCUUAACGAAUCCGGUAUCGAUUUACAACCCGGGUUAAUCGUACGAGUGCUGAGUCGUUGUGGCGAUGCUGGGAAUCUAGGUUACAGGUUCUUCGUCUGGGCAACGAAGCAACCUGGUUAUUGUCACAGCUAUGAAGUGUGUAAAUCGAUGGUUAAGAUUCUUAGUAAAAUGCGGCAAUUCGGAGCUGUUUGGGCUUUAAUCGAAGAGAUGAGGAAAGAGAAUCCGGAGUUGAUUGAGCCGGAGUUGUUCGUUGUACUGAUGCGGAGGUUUGCUUCUGCUAACAUGGUGAAGAAAGCAGUCGAGGUGCUCGACGAAAUGCCUAAGUACGGGUUAGAGCCUGAUGAUUAUAUUUUCGGAAGCUUGUUAGAUGCGUUGUGUAAGAACGGUAGUGUUAAGGAUGCUUCAAAGCUUUUUGAGGAUAUGAGAGAGAGGUUUCCUCCGAAUUUGCGGUAUUUCACUUCGUUGUUGUAUGGUUGGUGUAGAGAAGGGAAGUUGAUGGAAGCUAAAAAUGUUUUGGUUCAGAUGAAGGAAGCAGGGAUUGAGCCAGACAUUGUGGUUUUCACUAACUUGCUAAGUGGAUAUGCUCAUGCUGGGAAAAUGGCGGAUGCUUAUGAUCUUAUGAAGGAUAUGAGAAAGAGAGGGUAUGAGCCGAAUGCGAAUUGUUACACGGUUUUGAUCCAGGCGUUGUGUAAGAUGGAGAAGAGAAUGGAUGAGGCGAUGCGGGUUUUUGUUGAGAUGGAAAGGUAUGGAUGUGAGGCUGAUAUCGUUACUUAUACCGCGCUGAUAAGUGGGUUUUGCAAAUGGGGGAUGAUCGAUAAAGGUUAUAGUGUUUUAGAUGAUAUGAGAAGGAAAGGAGUCAUGCCGUCGCAAGUAACAUAUAUGCAGAUAAUGGUGGCUCAUGAGAAGAAAGAACAAUUUGAAGAGUGUUUGGAGUUGAUUGAGAAGAUGAAGCGUAUAGGUUGUCAUCCCGAUCUUCUUAUAUACAAUGUAGUGAUCAGAUUGGCCUGUAAAUUAGGGGAAGUGAAAGAAGCGGUUCGGUUAUGGAAUGAAAUGGAAGCUAUUGGUUUAAGCCCAGGAGUUGAUACAUAUGUCAUUAUGAUCAACGGAUUUACAAGCCAAGGUUGUCUAAUUGAAGCCAGCGAUCACUUCAAAGAAAUGGUAAGCCGAGGAAUAUUCUCUGCGCCUCAAUACGGAACGCUGAAGUCAUUACUAAAUACUCUUGUUAGAGAUGAUAAGCUCGAAAUGGCGAAAGAUGUUUGGAGUUGCAUAUCGAACAAAAGCUCUUCUUGUGAGCUGAAUGUAUCUGCUUGGACAAUAUGGAUCCAUGCUCUGUUUGCAAAAGGUCACGUGAAGGAGGCGUGUUCGUAUUGUCUUGACAUGAUGGAGAUGGACUUGAUGCCGCAACCUGAUACUUACGUGAAACUUAUGAAAGGAUUGAAUAAACUGUAUAAUCGGACGAUCGCUGCAGAGAUUACGGAGAAGGUGAUGAAGAUGGCUAGUGAGAGAGAGAUGAGUUUUAAAAUGUAUAAGAGGAGAGGUGAGGAGGAUUUGAUUGAGAAAGCUAAACCUAAAAGGGAUAAAGAAGGAAAAGGAACAGCUCAUCAUAGGCAUAAGUGGGGAGGUGAACGAAGUAGAGCUAAAGCAUUAUAA